AGCCGCCGCGGUCCGCAUCUGCCGAUCCCCGGCUCGCAGGAGAGACCGCCCCGGAGGAGGGGCCGGCUCCGCCCCACCUCCUCGCUGCCUCCCUCCCCCUUCCCUUCUUUUCCUCGGGCCGCGCGCCCCCUCCUCCCUCCUCCUCCUCCUCCAUCCUUCCCCCACCCGGUUUGUGCGCCCCUCCCGCGGCGACUGGCUGCGAGGUUCCGCCGCCCCUGUCCCGAGAGGGAGGCGGGGGCCCACGCCGCGGCGGCCACCCGAGGCUGCGGAGGGAAUCGGGAUCCGAGGCCCCGAGGCGGCCCUGCGUUGGACCGGGCACCCAGAGGCCGCCUCUGCACCCCCAGCCGCGGGCCCUGGGGCCUCGUCUCGCCGCGGGGUGGAGCAGCCUCCUUGCCCACGGCCGCGGGCGCCCUGAGCCCUCCCGGCCCCACAGUGGGGCUCGCCCGCGGCCCCACAUGAGCGCGCCCGGCUGACCGGUGGGGCGGCCGCGGUGGAGCCCGGGUGCCGCGGGGGCGGCGAGGCCAUGGCCUCGCUGGACCUGCCCUACCGCUGCCCGCGCUGCGGGGAGCACAAGCGCUUCCGGAGCCUGUCGUCGCUGCGCGCUCACCUGGAGUACAGCCACACGUACGAGACGCUCUACAUCCUCUCCAAGACCAACAGCAUCUGCGACGGCGCCGCCGCGGCCGCCUCUGGCUUCCCACUGGCGCCGGAGCCCGCCGCCCUGCUGGCCGUGCCCGGCGCCCGGCGCGAGGUCUUCGAGAGCACGUCCUUCCAGGGCAAGGAGCAGGUGGCCGGGCCGUCGGCCGCAGCGCCGCACCUGCUGCACCACCACCACCACCACGCGCCCCUCGCCCACUUCCCCGGCGACCUGGUGCCCGCCAGCCUGCCCUGCGAGGAGCUGGCCGAGCCGGGCCUCAUGCCCGCCGCCGCGCGCUACGCGCUGCGCGAGAUCGAGAUCCCGCUGGGGGAGCUGUUCGCGCGCAAGUCCGUGGCGUCCUCGGCGUGCUCGACGCCGCCGCCCGGGCCCGGCCCCGGCCCUUGCUCCGGGCCCGCCUCCGCCUCGCCGGCGUCCCCGUCGCCCGCCGAUGUGGCGUAUGAGGAGGGCCUGGCGCGCCUCAAGAUCCGCGCGCUGGAGAAGCUGGAGGUGGACCGGCGGCUGGAGCGGCUGAGCGAGGAGGUGGAGCAGAAGAUCGCUGGCCAGGUAGGCCGGCUCCAGGCCGAGCUGGAGCGCAAGGCCGCCGAGCUGGAGACGGCGCGGCAGGAGAGCGCGCGGCUGGGACGCGAGAAAGAGGUGCUGGAGGAGCGCGCUUCCGAGCUCUCGCGCCAGGUGGACGUGAGCGUGGAGCUGCUGGCCUCGCUCAAGCAGGACCUGGUGCACAAAGAGCAGGAGCUCAGCCGCAAGCAGCAGGAGGUGGUGCAGAUUGACCAGUUCCUGAAGGAGACGGCGGCGCGGGAGGCCAGUGCCAAGCUGCGGCUGCAGCAGUUCAUCGAGGAGCUCCUGGAGCGGGCAGACCGCGCCGAGCGCCAGCUGCAGGUCAUCAGCAGCAGCUGCGGCAGCACACCCAGCGCGAGCCUGGGGCGCGGGGGUGGGGGCGCUGGGCCCAGCACCCGGGGCCCAGGCCGGCUGCGAGAGCACCACGCGGGCCCAGCCAUGCCUAGCACAUUUGCGGUGUCACGGCAUGGCUCCUCUCCCAGCACAGGGGCCUCCAGCCGCGUGCCUGCCGCAUCCCAGAGCUCUGGCUGCUAUGACAGUGACAGUCUGGAGCUGCCCCGGCCAGAAGAGGGGCCAUCUGAGGACAGUGGCCCUGGGGGCUUGGGCAUACAGGCCCAGGGUGCCAGCGGCAGAUCGGAGCGGUCCCAGCCCCCUCGCAGCUCAGGCCUGCGGCGCCAGGCCAUCCAGAACUGGCAGCGCCGACCCCGCCGGCACAGCACUGAGGGGGAGGAGGGGGACGUCUCUGAUGUGGGCUCCCGAACCACCGAGUCGGAGGCUGAGGGCCCCUCAGAUGCCCUUCGCCCUGGGCCUGCCACCGCGGGGCCCUUGAGCAGCUGCCGGCUCUCGGCCCGCCCCGAGGGAGGCGGUGGACGGGGUCGACGAGCUGAGAGGGGCAGCCCCUCGCGCUCCAACGAGGUCAUCAGCCCCGAGGUCCUGAAGAUGCGCGCCGCCCUGUUCUGCAUCUUCACCUACCUGGACACGCGCACGCUGCUGCACGCCGCCGAGGUCUGCCGCGACUGGCGCUUCGUGGCCCGCCACCCCGCCGUCUGGACGCGGGUGCUGCUGGAGAAUGCCCGCGUCUGCUCCAAGUUCCUGGCCAUGCUGGCUCAGUGGUGCACCCAGGCCCACUCGCUGACCCUGCAGAACCUGAAGCCCCGGCAGCGGGGCAAGAAGGAGAGCAAGGAGGAGUAUGCCAGGAGCACCCGGGGUUGCCUAGAAGCGGGACUGGAGUCCCUGCUGAAGGCGGCCGGGGGGAACCUGCUGAUUCUGCGCAUCUCCCACUGUCCCAACGUCCUCACUGACCGCUCGCUCUGGCUGGCCAGCUGCUACUGCCGCGCCCUGCAGGCCGUCACCUACAGGAGUGCCACAGACCCCGUGGGCCACGAGGUCAUUUGGGCCCUGGGCGCAGGCUGCAGAGAGAUUGUCUCCCUCCAGGUGGCGCCACUCCACCCCUGCCAGCAGCCCACGCGCUUCAGUAACCGCUGCCUGCAGAUGAUCGGUCGCUGUUGGCCCCAUCUCCGGGCCCUGGGGGUGGGGGGUGCCGGCUGUGGGGUGCAGGGCCUGGCAUCCCUCGCGAGAAACUGCAUGCGGCUGCAGGUCCUCGAGCUGGACCACGUGUCGGAGAUCACCCAGGAGGUGGCGGCCGAGGUCUGCCGGGAGGGCCUGAAGGGGCUGGAGAUGCUGGUGCUGACAGCCACCCCUGUCACCCCCAAGGCCCUGCUGCACUUCAACAGCAUUUGCCGGAACCUCAAAUCCAUUGUGGUCCAGAUUGGGAUUGCUGAUUAUUUCAAAGAGCCCAGCAGCCCCGAGGCCCAGAAGCUGUUUGAAGACAUGGUGACGAAACUCCAGGCCCUGCGGCGGAGGCCCGGCUUCUCCAAGAUCCUGCACAUCAAAGUGGAAGGCGGCUGCUAACCCGGGUUGGGGGGCAGCAGGGCCCCCACCAGCCCCAUGCCAGGGUGCUCUCCUUGGACCUCUGGAGGAACCCUGCUUUGGACUGGACCUUCAGAGGCCUGGUAUUAUCUCCAGCUUCCAGGGAGGGGCUUGUCAGUUUCCCCUCCUCCUCCAGGGACAGCAGAGCAACAGGCCUGAGCCCUGGCACUGCCUCUCCAGGGCAGGGGCUCCCACAGAAGCUGUCCACUGACCCUCACCCCACCCCCAGCUGGAGCAGCCUUCUGGGCACAGGCACGAGGAGCUGAGGCAGCACCAGCACCCAGCGUCAUUGCCCGGGGGACCUGCAAUAACAGCCCAGGGGCUCCUCAUCCACUGGGGCAGCUACUACCCUGGCCUGAGGCCAGCCUCCCUGUCAGGGCCUCUGCCAGGCCUCGGGCUGGGGUGGAGGGCACUCCACAAGGCAGCUGAGACUUGGGCUCUUCUCCUCUGCCUUGCCCCUGGCCCUCCAUGGGGCACCCGCCUGGGCUCUGGUUCAAAUUCUCCAGGGAUAGCACAGGCAGGCCUUUGGGCCUGGGCGUGUGGUCGGCUGGAAGCUGGGGAGUGGGGUUACCGAGGGCAGCAAACACGGGUGAGGUGUGUUUGGAAGGGCAAACAUUGACCCAGAACUUCUCUGGGAUAUUGAGACCACUCCUCCCACAGUGGAAGAUUGUCAGGUGGAGAAAACUUGAGUAUUUAUUUCUGUAAGGGAAGACACGAUCCCUCCUGUCAACCACCACCUACCCCACUGUACACCAGAGCUAAAUUCAGAGCUGAACGGUGCAUGUUUCUGUACCUGGCAUCCAUUUCCAAGACUCUAGAAGGUCAAGGUCCCAGCCCUGGAAGACCAUGUUGGCAGGGAGAAGAUCCUGUCCUCAAGGAGUUUCCUUCUAAUCCAGGUGCUUGGGCAGGAAGCUGGUGGCUUUUGGGUCCCCAAGGUUGUCUGGGAGUAGUCACUGGGCUGCCCUCUGUGCCUGGAGCCUGGAGGAGGCCUGGAGAAGGGUGGUUUGGUUUGUUUCUUUGUCUAGCCAGCUUGGUUGAAGAUGUGACCUUGACAGGGAACCAGACCCAAGAGGCCAUGAAAGAGGUGGCUCAUCCUCAACACCACCAACCACCCACCCCACACUGGCCCCCUGGGCUGAGGGCUGCUUUGAGGGGUCUUGGGGUUGUGCUGGGGCCUGAGCCACAGAACACAAAUGAGUUUUCACUGAUCCUUGCAGUUCCCAAAAGAUCAGGUCCCUGCACUAAGCUCCAGACUCAGGUGUCCCCAGUUCUCCUUUCAGAACUACCCCAAUGGCUCAGAGGCCAU